AUGUUGUACCUAACUUCAACCCCCAAGUCCAUAGGGGCAUUAUUGGUCCAAGAUGAAGAUGGAGCAGAACGCCCGGUGUAUUACAUCAGCCGGAAGAUUCGAGGAGCAGAAGUCCGAUAUACUCCGGUAGAGAGACAUUGUUUAGCUUUGGUAUUCACCGCCCAAAAGCUCAGACAUUACUUCUUAGCACACCAGAUUCAGAUUGUUACUAAAAGUGAUCCAAUCCGAUACCUCCUCAGUAAGCCUGCUCUAACCGGGAAGGUGGCAAGAUGGUUGUUAGCACUGGGUGAAUUCGAGAUCACAUGUGUAGCCCCCAAGGCGAUCAAAAGCCAAGCCUUAGCUGAUCUCCUUGCCCAAUUUCCAAGUGGUGACUAUGAACCAGUGAAUGAAGAAUUAAGAGGAGAGGUGCACACAGCUAUGGCUUCCGAGGAAAGCUUCUGGACAUUGAGCUUUGACGGAGCAGCAGCCGGAAGGAAGGGAGGAACCGGGACAGUCCUUACAAGCAAAAGUGGGGAAAAGUUAUAUUUAUCUUAUAAACUGGAUUUCCAUUGUUCGAAUAACGAAGCCGAGUAUGAGGCUCUUAUUUUAGGCUUAAUAGCAGCUGAGAAGCACAUCCAAAGGCUUCUUGACAAAUUUCAGAAGGUCGAAAUAGAGCAUGUGCCUCGCUCCGACAACAAGUUUUCAGAUGCCCUCACAACAUUAGGGGCAAGCGUUGACAUUCCAGAGAAGGAGGCGACAAUUGUUAUCAAGAAGAUAACAGAACCUUCAAUAAUACCUGAAAACAAAGACGUUCCGGAGGAUUGGAGAGGAGGAGUUCUCGAACAACUCAGAAGCAAAGUUGGAAAACUGACUAUGGCCAAGCAUGCCCAAUUCAUAAUAAUUCAAGGUGAACUUUACUUCCGAGGAGGUACCGUAUUCCUAGCCCGGUGUGUUGACCAACAAGAAGCAAGCUUCCGACUACAAUAG